GUUAUACGUGUACUCCCUGGUCCUGCUGCCGGUGGCUCUAAAUUGGAAGAUGGCUGCGGUGGAGCGUGCGCCUGUUAAGGAAGGAGUCCGGAUAGCGUUGCUUUGUCUAUGUUGGUAUACUGUCAGCUCUGGGGGAAAUGUCAUCAACAAAAUAAUUUUAAAUGGAUUUCCUCAUCCUGUCACCGUCUCGCUCUUCCACAUUUUAUCCAUUGUCGUCUUUCUCCCACCUUUACUGCGGGCAUGGGGAGUCCCUAAAACUGAACUGCCUGGCAAAUACUACCGUUGGUAUAUUCUGCCUUUAGCUUUUGGAAAAUACUUUGCGUCUGUGUCAGCUCACUUCAGCAUAUGGAAGGUUCCAGUGUCCUACGCUCACACAGUCAAAGCCACAAUGCCAAUAUGGGUCGUCUUGUUGUCACGAAUCAUCAUGAAGGAGAAGCAAACAACAAAGGUGUAUGUAUCUCUCAUCCCCAUAAUCGGGGGUGUGCUGCUGGCCACCAUCACUGAGUUGUCCUUUGAUGUCUCUGGGCUGAUCAGUGCCCUUGCUGCCACCCUCUGCUUCUCUUUGCAAAACAUAUUCUCCAAAAAGGUGUUGCGAGACACACGUAUUCACCACCUGCAACUUCUCAAUGCACUUGGAUUCAAUGCUGUGCUGUUCAUGGUGCCCACCUGGGUACUGGUUGACUUACCUGCAUUUCUUGUGGAUGGAGACUUGACAGAAGUGUCCAGUUGGUCUGUAACCGUCCUGCUCCUCCUGGUGAGCGGCUUCUGCAACUUUGCCCAGAAUGUGAUUGCCUUCAGCGUGCUGAACCUGGUCAGCCCCCUCAGUUAUGCCGUGGCCAAUGCAACCAAGAGGAUCAUGGUCAUUAGCAUUUCCCUCCUCAUGCUGCGCAACCCCGUUAGCUCCACCAACUUGCUGGGCAUGCUGACGGCCAUCCUGGGCGUCUUCUGCUACAACAAGGCUAAGUAUGAUGCGAACCAGGAGGCCAAGAAGAAGCUGCUUCCAGUUUCCAAGCAGGACAUGAUGUCUUUCGACCAUGUAAGCGUGGGGUUGGAGAAGACGCAGCCCAACGGUAUGGUGCCUUUCCCGCAGGGUUCAGACAUUCAGUACGGCCGGAGUAACGUUCUCACCGACCACUUCCAGUACAGCCGACAGGCCUAUACGAUGGGCUACGGAUCCAACCAGUACGACGUCUAGGCUGGACCUGUGCCGGGUUGUUGAGACUGUUAAAUUACCGGUUUCCUUUAUGUGCAAAUUGUCUCCAGUGCUGUCCAAAUCUGCUAUGGCAGAAACAGAGGGGAGAAUGCUGAGGUUCUGCGGAAACCAAGGGAACAGAACUGUACUGAUGUGAGAAAAGCCGUUUGUCUCUAUGAGCACUUUGUCAGAUUCACCUGCCCUCAGAUUCUUCUUUUUUUUUGGCAUUUAAAAACAAAAAAGCAUUAGAUUUACUAUUGAAAUUUUCUGUUCGCUUUUUUGUUCCACAGAAAUGUUCUCUAUUUGCUGCAGAAACAAUCAGUGGCAACGAUGUUAUGCUAAGCAGGGUUGCUACAGUAUUUUAACCCCAGUUUCCUGUCCAGUUGAACAGAAUUCCCCAUGUGGUGUGAGGGUUAUAUAAGGAUAAAGCCGCCUUCCUCCAAGGCCUCUACUUGUUUGCAGUUCAACCCCACCCCCCCAUCAAGUGAAAUCAUGGAAGUAAAUUUGUUGUGUUUGCAGACUGCAUUCUUUUCUGUUAACAAAAAUAACUUGCUAUCUGGCCAACUGUUCAGCCAAUUGGCAUAGCUCUAAUUGCAGAUAUGCAGGAUACUAACUUUUAACGUGCAUCUUUGUUAAUACUUGACUUAUUCAGUUCACAUUCAAAGAACUGAUGGGAAAUCAUGCUUGCUCUGUGUGUUUUGUGGUUAGAAAGUCAUUUUAUAAUAUUUGUGCUAAAACUUAUGGCCAAAUAUUAUGCAUCUUAAAGGGGCAAUGGCUGAAGUAGUCACAGGUAGUCCCAACAGUCAGUCCGUUUGCCUUUUUGAAAUAUUAUUAUAUAGUGAUUAAAAAAGGGCCAGAUUUAGCAGAACAUUCUGUCAUAUAUUUUUGUGUAACCAAUCAUUUCACCCUGAGACUGUUUUAAAACCAGUGUCUAAGCGGAGUUGUACUGUAGAUUUUCAGUUUCACAUGUCUAUUCGAUUUACAACAACAUCAUUGUCAUUAGUUAAGAAACCGUCAUUACCUGGUUUUUACCAGAUAAGCAGGAAUCCUUCCGCGUUAAUGAAACCAAUUGAUUUUGACACAAUAUCGGCAGAGGUAAUUAGCUUGCAUGUGAAAGUUGAAGUAUUCAACAUUUGUAAUGUCUGUUUUGAAGGAAAUUAUCCAUGUGUGGAUUUAUGUUUUUAUUUUGAUAAACUGAACCUUUUUUUACAAUAAUAGAAAUUACCUUCCAUUGCAAUUAACUGAAUAUACGGUGUGUUCUCUUGCAGUAUGCAGUAAAACAGAUUAAUUUUUUUUUUUUUUUUACUAAAGGGGGUAAACUAAAAGUUAUUUAUGAUAUACAGCUAUGAUACCUCACAUACUAUAGCUUUCUGUGCCCAAUAUAUCAGUAGCGGUAUUCAAAUGUAAUGUAUUUUGCCAAGCUCAGACACUAGCAUUGUAACUAGCAUUGUAACAAUGGCUACCUUUUCAUGCACACCAGUGCUGAUAUAUCAGUCACUAAUGGUAAUCGGAAAGCAAUGGAGCUCUAGAACAUUGAUUUAGAAUUUUGGAAAAAACAUUCCAAAAAACUAUUCUGAAAGGGUUAACAAACAAAUUCAAUACAGCAUGUCCCACAUUACUUGUUUUCACACAAAAACUUCCUAUAGUAACAGAAUGUUAUGCUACACCAGCGUGGCCCCAUAGUGAACUAAAUGAGAUGGCAAACGUUCCGAUUUAUCCCAUGGGGGGUUCAGGUUAGUUGUUCUCCUCAUUUUAGGUUAACCCUGCUGAUAUGAUCUUUUGGAUACUGUUUGCCUUUGUUUAUAUCUUUGUUACUGUCCUAAGUAUUGGUUCGUGGUUACACACUUGGCUGUAAAUUGUUUGUGUUUGAAGCAUCUCUAAUGAACUCUGAAGUGCCAUUUCUCGAGUCAGUGCAGAUAUCUGAUUUAUUAUUUUUUUUCUACACUUUGACAAAACGCAUGUCACAGUAACACAAAACAGCACAACUGGACAGGAUAUUCUUACAUUUUGUUUUUCAGUAUGGAAUACUGUUUUCGACAGGUAAUUUUGAUCCUUUAAAAUUUCUGUUCUCAUAGAUUGAUAGAAGGCAUGGUACGCACAAAAGAAUCUCCACUGUUCUCAUUUGUCAGGACUUCACCAAACUAGAUGUAGGUCAAAAUAUCAUUUUUAAUUGUGGUUGGGCUAUACCGCAGAAUUUCAGUCCCUUAAUUAUUUUGACACAUUUAAUGAAUUACAAGGUUGACUGUUCAGAGGACCUGAAAUCCAUCAUCUUUAUGCUCCCACCUGUGUUUUGUAUACAUUAACGUUUAAUUGUCCUGCUGGUUAAUCUUUACCUGUGAAUUUGUCGUACAAAUUCGUGCAAUGUAAUCCAUAGAUAUGUCGUGUUGGUUUCCCCACUUGGUGCAAUCAUAGAAAGCAAUGGGACUCCACAAGUCUCAGACAUGGAGCUCUAGCCAAAAACAAUUUUUUAAAAUUGAUGCACAUUGAGACUGAUUGAUACUAAUGCAGUCAUGUAGUAUUUAUCAUAUUUUAAGCAUAAUUCUCUUUCCUGGUGUGUGCCUGUGAGCCAUUGAAGGCCCCUAUCACUGAGAAACUGGUGAUAGGCCUGUAAAACUAGAGUACUGGUUUGCGCACAUGUGCAUGUGAGAGGGGGUAGAUUGAUUAAACUCCACCUGCUGCACAUAUUUUAGGGAAUGUCACAAAUAAGUAGCAGUUGAGAACGCAAGCUUAGACAGGCACUGUAGGCAAGGUGAGGGAAUAGCAGAAUGUCAUGUGAGAAAGUCCUAAGUCCUGCAGCAGCCUUGCUGUAUUGUUUAUAUGCAUGGAGUGUAUAUAUGUACAGUUUUGCUUAUGUAAAUUUGCAGUGCUGCUUCAAAAAAGUUUAUUUUUUAUUUUUUAAUCGGCUUUAUUGUUGGCAUGUUUGAAAAGCUAUAUCGUGAUUUGUGUUGUCCACACCUGACCCAAAUAGUUUUCGCUAUUUUCUUUAUUUACAAAGAUUUGGUUUAGAAAUUAUAUUAGUAAAUGUUUAGAGAUGAUCACGUUGAGGUUAAAUCACACACGAAUCAAUAAAAUCGUAAUUCCUGUUAGUAGUCAGAUUGUGCCAUUUUCAGGAAUUGGUUCUGACUUUCAACAUUUUAGACGUAUUUUUGCGAGGCUGAAAGCCUUCAGUGUGAAUAUGAGUUCAAGAAUGAAUGCAUCAAGUAAAAACACCCUGCUUAAUUACAAAUAAUACAGGAUGUGGCUGCCAGAUUUUAGAUAUACUCAUGAUAUUGGUCUCAUUGCUGUUGCAACCAUUAGGUUUCAGUAGUGAACACUAACUGUCUUCAAAAAAAUACGCGUUGUUAUUGCAGUUUGUGUUACUUUUAAAUGGUGAUCAGUCUCUAUGUGAAAAGAACACGUAAGGAAUUAUUGAGUCAAUUUUAUUGAAUGUGAAUGAAUUGAAGAGAUUAUUUUCCAUUAUUAUUUUUGUUUCGGUCCUCCCCAAACAAUGCUUUUUAUACAUUUUUAUGUGGAAUUUGUUCGAAAUCCGAAGUUGAAGUAAAAAAAAAAAUUCAAUGACAAAUCCUUUAUAUAAGCUGUGCAUAUACUAUUUACUGUGGAACCUCAACUGUAUGCUCUUUAUUGCAACCAUCUUCUUUAUUGUAUAACUGAAAAGCGGUAUAUUGCAGAAGCCUACGAUUCUUAUUAAGAAUUCAGGACAUACUGAACCUUUUAUAUUUGCCAAUGACCAUUUAGUUUUUAAGCGUAAAGGAAAUUGCCUUUUGAGAAGGCACGUCGGCAAUACUGUUAAUUAUAUUUGCAGUGUGACUGACAAACCAAUGAUCCCAAAGCUUACGCAGUAAAGAAAGAAAAUCAAAAACCGGGCUUUUUGCUCAUCUGUAGCCUCGUUACAUGUUAGAUGAAAUGAUUAUUAUGUGAUCAUACAUAAUUUAGUAACUAAGUAUCGGUAGUCUUAAUUUUAAUUCUGAUGUGCGCUUACCACCCAAACCAGAAAUUAAGAUAUUGGCGAGAACUGUGAAUGUGAUUAAGAUAUGGUAAACCAUUUCUAGGGAGGUCUUGCGCGAAGAAGUGCUAUUCGGAGUUUUGCUGGUCCUUUCUGUGAAAUUGCAGUUUUUGUAAUGUGCCUAAUGGUGUGGAUGACUAUCCACAUAUAGGCAAUUACUUUUUGACUGUACUAUUCAAAUGAUUUGAUCAACUCCCUAGUUGGAUUACACUGGCCACGGUUACAUGCACGCAAUAUUUCAAUUUUUAAUGCAUACAGUUUUUUUCAGUUUGAGAAUUCUGAAUUUAUGUACAGAGUUAUAUGCGCUGUUUGAAGCAUCAUGGAUACUGUAAGUGGCUCCACAAAUGUUCGUACAUCGAAUGGAAGUUGAUACUGAAGAUGCUACAGGAAACGAGCACCGACUUCAGGCCUCAGUUUCCAUUUCCAUGUGCAUGUAUACUUCCAAAUUCUUGCAGUAUGGCCGCAUACUUCAGAAACAUUGGUAUGAAACAAAAAUAAUUUGCUAUAUUUUUCGUCUGUUUUCACACUCUAACAAUCCACCAACUUUACCUAAAUGUAUCUACGUAGUGGACAUAUGCAUAGUAAAAUGUUCAGUGUUAAUUCAACUCUUAACAGAUAACAUUUGGUCCCACUUGGACCAGAGUAGGGUCAGAUGAUAUCUGUUAGAGCGGAUUUAACGCUGUUAGAGUAUAAUUAACACUGGACAUUUUACAGUAUGUCCAUUACAUUUCCCGUUUGCAGUGAACACGUGCGCUUAUGAGCGCUCACUGCGCAUAUCCUGGCAGUCCUGAGAAAGACGUGAUGCUAGCUACAUGCCUGCUAUUCCUUAGGUUAUUCUGAGUACGUGUGAACAAAAUGUCAUGUUACACUACUGAUUUUGGGAAUACAUUACCGCAUUAUCCGGUAUUGUAUUGAAUAACAUGUUUAUAUUGCCACUUUAUAUUUGUAACGUGUGUGUAGGCAAAGGCGAAAUAUUGUAUCUGCAUGUAAACGUAGUUUUUGUUUGUGAGAGUUUUGAGUAUCUUCGUCAUUUAAAAAUAGCGAGUUUGGGACUUUUUUGUCAUUAUGUUUGUUUUAAUUUACUGGAAUGUACAUUGUUUGCUUAUGGUAAGAGGAUAUUUUUUUAUGUAAUUGUGCAAAAUGCAACUAAGUUAGAUUUUUGUUUCAACGAAAAGAAAAUUGUAUUUUUAUGAAACCACUGUUUAUAAUUUUUUGUUGUAUUUUAUGUUGUAUAGGUACUUUAAGUUGUGUAAAGCAGUGCAUCGGUGCACUGUCUGCUUAAGUUUAGAAAAUGACGAUUUUUGUCAAAAUAAAUUAUAAAU